AUGGAGAAGAUCAGCUCAAGCUCAACCGACCCGGAACCGAUGGGGCUGUUCAUCCAGCCCGCAUGCUUACAGCACAAGUACAUCCGGCAUGCGAACGCGUCGCACAUCUUCGAGCGGCCAGAGAGGCUUCGCGCGGUCCUGCUGGGCGUGGCGGCGGCAGCUUCGAGGCUUGAGGAGGAGGAUGCGGCUGCGGCCAUGGCUAGUGGGGCUGUGAAAGAGGCGUCAGAGCCGCAGGCCAAGGCGGAGAAGGAUGAUCUCACAUCCCUGUUAUCUUCGCUCUCUAUCGCUUCUUCUACCACUCCGACCCGGCCAACCCCCUUCGCGCUCCCAAUCCACCUCACAGUGGUCCCUCCACCUACAGCGCCGGUAUCGGCUGGCCAGAUCCUGCUGCACCAUAGGGCCCUCCAGCUCUCGCACACGUCCCCGCCAGAAGCGCCAUUCCCGUACUCUGGACCAGGCGCCCGAACUUCCAAUACCCCUUCGCUGUCCUCGUCAUACUUGCGCGACCUGCUCAAAUGGGCGACGGAAGCGCCGGAGAGGAUAAAAGCUGGUGAAUGCGAGAUACCAGGUGGAUUGGGCCUGAAUCAGGGAGAUCUGUACCUUGGUCCGGGUAGUGUGUUGGCAAUUGAGGGUGCUGUACAAACGGUCUGCCAGGCUGUGGAUAUGGUCCUCUCUCUGUCAGCUUACGAUCCUGCUCCCGCACCCGCCCCGUCGACACCGCCAGCCAAGGCCACGGAUGCUCAAUCGACACCGCUCGGCCGGCCGACGCAGACUUCCUACUUUUCCCCAUCAGCCGAGGCAUCCGGAAGCCGACCGCCUGCCAAGCCCUUCAGGAAGGCUUUCUGCGCGAUCAGACCACCGGGGCAUCACUGCGGGGAAGACUCGCCAUCUGGGUUCUGCUAUGUGAACAACGUGGUCGUCGGGGCGAUGCAUGCCUAUCUAGAACAUGAUGUCGACAGAGCGAUCAUCAUUGAUUUUGACUUGCAUCACGGGAACGGGACGCAAGAGUUGAUCAUGCCUCUUAAUGCUGCCACCUAUGCCGAGGAGCUAGCAGUGAAGGCAGGCAAGCCUCCCUCUGGUCUGAGAGGGCGGGAUGGUGCGAGACGAAGGGGAUGGAAGGGGUUCUACGGGUCGGUGCACGAUAUCUACAGUUAUCCCUGCGAGGACGGAGAAUUGGAUCUCAUCAAGGACGCAUCUCUGAGUCUCGCUGCUCAUGGGCAAUACAUCGAGAACAUACAUUUACAACCAUACUCUUCGGAAGACGACUUCUACGCGCGGAUAUAUCCAAAAUACCUUGCUCUACUGGACAAGGCGAAGCUCUACAUGGACGAGACCGAAGCAGAUCCAGAUCGCACCAUCGUUCUGAUCAGUGCCGGCUUUGACGCAUGCGAACACGAACACCAAGCGAUGCAGCGACACGACCGCCGAGUCCCCGUCUCCUUCUUCUCUCGCUACACUCGCGAUAUCGCCGCAUUUGCGGAUGAAUAUUGUCGGGGACGCGUUGUCUCGGUGCUCGAAGGGGGAUAUAGCGAUCGCGCGCUGAUGAGCGCUGCGAUGGGGCAUGUGGUAGGCAUGUUGGGGCGGGAGGGGAAGGGGGAGUGGUGGAACGUGGACAGCUUAGAUCAUAUCGAAAGAGCGACCAAAAAGAAACGGACCGGCAAGAUUGCCCCCUUCCCCUCGGAACUGUCUCACAUCCCUCAUCUAUCCCGUACACACGCCCUCCUCGCUCACUUCGAGGGAGUCGGUCUACCGCCUGAUCCCCCAUCAACCCACUCCACACCUCAACAGCCUCCGGCUCCGCGCAUGACGCUCAGAGCGCGCAGACUCGGUGGGGACGAAGAUGGGUUGGACACGCCCCCUGUUGCAGCGCGAAGAGGGAGAGGGAGGGGUGUGGGAACGCCGACGAGUACAGCAACGUCUACACCUCGAGCGAGGAAGGGAGUUGCGUCGCCAAGC